AGAAGAGGGUCCUGAUGACAUCACAUCCUCUCCUAUAAAUUACGCUGCCUCCAAAGUUCACUGAGAAACAUCAGCCACGCUCCGCUGCACCGCCUCGAGGACGAUGGCCGGGUCUCCUGCACUGCUCCUCCUGCUCAGCCUGGGGCUCUGCUGCACCGGCACCCAGGGACAGAGGGAUGCAUUCGUGGUCAGGUUCCCCAACAGGAGAAUCAUACAGCCCCAGGAGGGACAGCGGCUGGAGUUGGACUGCUGGAGAAACAAAACCUCCUGGAAAGUAUCCUGGAUCCGCCUGGAUAAGGAUGGGAACCUUCACUUCAUUCUCUCCGUUACCCAUUCUCAUUCCAGCACAAUGCAGGAGGGUGAGAAAACAGCUACAAACUUUGAGGCAUCAUGGAGACGAAACUCCUAUCGACUGGUGGUGAAAUCCUUCAGGGCACAGGACCACGGGAUCUAUUUCUGCGUCAGCUACAUCAACCCAGGGCUGCACUUCAGCUCUGGACAACCCGCCUUCUUCCCAGUCACAGCAACAAAAGCAGCACCCACCACACCCACUGCUGCCAACCAUAGCAGCCAGGACACCAUGAAGGACAACUCGCAACAAGGCCCGCAUGCAGGAACAAGCAAUGAGAAGACACUGAAUUCCAUCUGUGAUGUUUUCCUCUGGGUUCGAGUGGCUGGCACCGGCCUCCUGCUCCUCACUGCCAUAACCAUCACCACCACGCACUGCCAAAGUAAGUUGCACCCUGACACCCUGCACAGGUUCCUGCAGCCUCACACCACUGAGCACAGCCCGCUCCUCCAGGGGAAUGGGCUCUCUGCCUCUUGCUCUCAUGCAGCCAUUGCGUAUCCAGGACACAGGGAAUGCUGAAGGAGUUGUUUUAAAAUUCUUUUCCAUAUUUUCCUUAUCACUAGAUUUAGAUUCAGAAAUAUUUAUCACAUUCUACACUUGACAACAAAUUAUAAUCAGGCAUUAUUACAAUUAUCUACAGAAAUUACAAACAGACAAGAAAUCACAAACUGCAUUGACCCCGCCAUCCUAAUAUCAUCAUUUUGUGGUUGAAAUUGCCAGCAUUCAAAACAUUACUCAAACAUUUAUUUAGGCCCUUUCAUGCUGAUCAAGAUUACCAUUGAAGAUCCAUUAGCUGCAUUAAUAUCUGUAGCAAGCAGCACAAAUGCUGAAGAAGAGAUUGUUACACAACAUCUGCAUUUGCUGCUAAA